CCCACCCCCCCACCGCUAGAGAGACUAAUGAGACAACCCGAGAGAAAAAUCGAGAGGACUCUGGAUGUACACUUCCUUUUAGUUUAAACGAUACCUCGCCGACACCACACAACAGUAAACUUUGUUGAACACAGCAGGAGGACACACAGCAUGCACUCUGGAUGCUCCAUUUGUUGUUCUACAGCUAGGUACACUGUACAUGACUCCGAUCUGAAGGCAGGCGAGGAUUGACUGAAACUUGGUCAACGCCACAUCCAUCCAUGUGUAUAAUCUUCUUCAAGUUUGACCCCCGGCCCGCAUCCAAAAAUGCCUACAGGCUGAUUUUGGCUGCAAACCGAGAUGAGUUCUACAGCCGGCCGUCCAAAGCUGCAGACUUCUGGGGGAGCAACACGGAGAUCCUCAGCGGCCUGGACCUUGAAUGUGGAAAGGAAGGAGGAUCAUGGCUGGGCAUCAGCAAGCGGGGCAAGCUGGCUGCAAUCACCAACUACAUGGAAGGGGGUCUCAACCCCGAUGCACAAGGGAGAGGAUUUCUAGUUCCUAACUACCUUAUGGAGAAGGAUCUGGACAGCUACUCGUACCUCAAGAAGGUGUCUGCAGAAAGCCACCUGUACAAUGGCUUCAACCUCCUCACGGCGGAGUUCAAAGCCAAACAAGACUUUAUGUGUUACUAUGGAAACAGAGGCAGACCCGAACCCAUCCAUCUGAAACCAGCAGGAAUCUAUGGCUUGAGUAACUCGCUGCUGGACUCUCCGUGGCGUAAAGUGCUGCAAGGCAAGAGUCACUUCAGCCGCGUGGUCAGCGACCAGUCCCUGUCCUGCGAUGGCCUGGUGCAAGAGCUGCUCAACGUCCUCAAUAACGAAGAGCUGAACACACCUGAUCCCAUUCAGGAGAGCCAAGGUAACGCUUACAGCAAGCCGCAGCUCCAGGCUCAGUCGGCGGUGUUUGUUCGCAGCCCUCAUUAUGGCACAAGGACCAACACAAUCAUCCUGAUAGACGCAGAAGGUAAUGUGACCUUCACAGAGCGCACCAUGCUCGACGGGGACCCGGGAAAGUGGAGCACCAGUUCUUUCCAGUUCGAACUGCAGGUGUGAAGACAUGAUGGAGGAAACCCACUCGGUGCCUUUUUACGCCACCUUUGCUUCCGCCGGCCACCACCUUCCUCCUCAAGCUGCACCGUAGCAAUCAUGUGAAGAUGAAGAUCCGUAUGCACUUUUCUUGAGCUAGUUGAUACUUGCUGCCUCAUUGACAUCAGUGAUAUGUGUUUCUUACUUUUGAUCUGAAAUGCAUCUUAUGAAAAUGUUUGCUAAUUUAAGAUUGCCAAAGAACAGUUAAAAUGUUGUAAAUGAAAAUAUUUUAACGAAACCGCAGGAUUGGGUGGCUUCUAAAGACUAAUGCAUAGCAGACUGCUGGUGACCUGCUUUGAUAUGUAAUCACUGCAGUCGUGCACAAGAUUAUUUAUUAUUAAAUAGUUUCAGGACUACAAUUUGAAUUUUUUUUCAUUUUUACAAUAUACGAAACUAUAUCAGUAUAUUCAGAGAACGUAUGAUAUAAUUUAAAUCGACUAAGAAUUAUAGAUUAAUCGCUGCUUUUUAAAUGUUGGAGUACCAUCAUGCAGGUAAUUUGUUCUGCCCCAACACUGCACAAGAAUGGCGUCAGUGUUGGUUGCAACACAUUUUCCCAUAGUUCAAUGCAAACCGUUAAAAGGCAAUGGAUCGCUGAUCACUUCCCGGGUGAGAAAAAAUAACUAAAUAAAUAAAAUUUUACAGCUGUUUGAUAAAAAAUGUACAAAGCACUCCCCCUUGGUCUUCUAUUUGUUAAUUGUUGAAACGAUUACCCUGUAAGGAGCCCUUUUGUGAUUUAACACCCAAUUUACUGCUUUUUAUUUAUAUCAAAUAAGAUCACUGGUUCUUACUCCUA